AUGGAUUCCAAGCUUCCUCACGAGAUGAACAUCGAGAUUCUGUCACGAACAUCCUUAAAAACCUUCGACACCAUAGUUUCCACCAACAAAGAAUUCCAUGAACUCACAUACGAUCCCUAUUUUCUUCGUCUCUACAAACAAAGAAACAACAUCGUAUCUGGUUUCAUCGUACAACCCGUCGCCCGUUUGAGCUAUUUCCGUGAGUUUGCACCAUCACAAGAAUCCACCGAUCUUGAUCUCGGGUUCCUAUCGCGCGAUGCUCGAAUUCUCGCGACUUCGGAGCAAGGAAUCAUGGUGUUCGAGACUCGUCAUCGUACGUGCCGUGGACUAGUCCGGUACCAUGUCUGUAAACCUGCAACUAAACAAGUCGCGGCGUUGCCUAAUCCGAAAACGCAUUACUUAACCGAAAAGGUUGCGAUCGUGGUGGUGGGUUCGCAGCCAUUACAUUACAAGAUUCUAAGAUUAUCUCAACGGCAUAACAAAUAUUCUUCGCCACGGCAAGGGAAGCUUUACACCGCAUACUGUUGCGAAAUCUUCGACUCAGCGACAUUGGCAUGGAAACUGUUGGACGAUAUAAUGCUGCCCGACUGCGUUUUCUUGACGACUUCACAACCCAUCAACAUCGCGGGGUCGAUCUACACGUUAUUGACGAACAACAGCGUCUUGAAGUUUGAUAUCUAUUCGGAUAAAUGGACGACGUUUCCGUUGCGAGUUCCAGACGAUCCAUUUAACGAUUUGAAGCUCGUAAAGUAUGAAGGGAUGUUGGCAUUGGCUCGUAAACCGUGGAACGGUGGUUGGGAGAUUUGGAUUGGUACGAUGAAUGAAUCGUGGGAGAAAAAGUAUGUUUUGAAGGAAAAGGAAGAUAGAUGUAGAGAAGGGACGUCCGUGGACCUCAACUCAUUCUACGAUUCAGACACGAGCGUUGUUGUUGAUCAUGAUACACUCGAAUUUUACGAUUUUAAAAAAGGUGGUAGCAUCAGUAAGAUUAGAUUGAGUCGUUAUGCGCUUGCUGAUCAUAUAUUUGCUUUUAGAUCGGAUUUUGAACCAGUUGAGUUAAGGGAUCUUAUAACCGCAAGUCCUAGAAAGUACCCUUUUAGUACGCUUGAAAAUCUUCGAAACCAUGUGUUGCACCAUCAAAGAAAUCAGCAAGCUCAAAUAUGGUCCGUAUUUUCUCCAUCUCGACAAGCGAAGAAACAACAUAGUAUCCGGUUUUUCGCGUACAAACCAUCAAAUGGUUUACACGAGUUUGCACCGUCAAAUGAUUCCGCUGAUCUCGAUCUUGGUUUUCUUUCACCUGAUGAUCGCAUUCUUGCAACUCCCGAAAAAGGAAUCAUCGUGUUUGAGAGUCCCCAUCCUAGGCAUCAUGGCCGGGAAUUUUACUACGUUUGUAAACCUGAGACCGACCACGUUUUCUAA